UGCACGCAUGCGCAGUAAAUGUUUUCAAAAUACACAGGUGAAAAUAAAAAGAAAAUAACGCUGAUUUUCAUUGCUGCAGUGAAAUGAAAUCAAAUUGAACAAAUGUAAGCUUUACAUAUGCAACAAUUUCGUUAAACUGAAGCCUUGUCGUAUACUUCAUUAUCAGGGAAGCGUAAUUUCUGAAGAUAUUGCAGUAAUUUGACAAAAAAAUUGGCACAGAAAAGUUCAAAACGGAAAUGGCAGCACAUCCACCAUCUUACACACCAACACAUUCCCCCGAUGUGUACACUCUUGCAACUUCAAAACAAGUCCUCGUAAGCAAAGACCCGGUGUAUGUACGCAAGGAUGUUGUCAAUGGCAACUACAUUGGAAGACAGCCAGAAAACUACAUGUUAAUAUCAAUAUUGUUAUGUGUGUUGAACCCUCUUUGUGGACCAAUUGCUCUUAUAUUUGCAAUCAUGUCAGAUCGAGCAUACAGACGGGCGGACAUUAGAUAUGCACAGAAGUGGGGAAGCUACGCAAUUACGUCAUGCAUGUGUAUAUUCAUCUUUACCGUGAUCCUUUACAUUGCCAUCGCGUUUGCCGUAAGUCCUAUAGGAAUAAACGGAGGACACAGUUUGGGGGCAUAGAACUAAUUUGUCCAACACAGUUUUGGGGCAUAGAACACUAAUUUGUCCAACACAGAUUUGAACCAAUAUUGUAAACUAGAUUUGUACUAGCUCAUCUUCACCUAGGACUAAUGCCUGCUAUAUUCAUUUUUUACUCAAUACAUAAAAAAAAGCAAGCAUGGGUUAUGGAUACAAAAACAGGUACAUAUUUGUUGAAACGUUUAGAAGAUAAACUAGUAACAUCUCAAGUCAUUUAAAUUGUGUAUAUAGAAACAUUUUUCACAUAUCAGAAAUUUUACCAGGGAUUUUAAAUAUUUGAUGCAUAAAGGUUGUGUUCUUAUUGUUAUGUCAUAAAAUAAGGUCUUUUAGUUUUUACAUUUUUUUGUUCGUGUUCAAAAUGUAAUUUACAAAAGCAACAUAAUGAUUUCUUAAAGUUAAUUCUGUUUUUGAACACUCCUGAAAAACUGUUAGAGAUAACCUUACGUUUAGAUGCAGUUGUUUAAGAGAUCUGAUAUUAGAAAUCACUUAUAAUCCAGUAUCAUCUGUCUGCAUGCUUAUACUUGUUUCACCAUUCAGCAAACUGUAAACAGGCAUGUUAAUAUUCAAAAGUCUUAAAAGAAAUUAAAUGUGCUAAUCACAGUCAAUUAUAAUUAUAAACACUUUUUAUGCCACUUUUAUUCUUCUCAGUAGUGUUGUGUUAAGUCUUCAAUUAGGGUACUAAGGCAACGGAUACUUCUUAAAAAAAAUUGUUUGAGAACAUGCAUGUCGGGUCACAGAGUCAUGGCCAGAAUUAAUUACUUCAAAAUAACUAUAAAAAAAUCAGUGCUCUUCAUCUAUCAUUUGUGCAAUUUGAAAACAGAGCUGUUCAUGGUUACUUGAGAACUAUAAUACGUGUAACAUAAAACACAAAAGUAAUGGGCAAUGCAGCAUUGUACCACACUUGUUAUUUGUGGCAUAAUUUUGUAAUAUAAUUGAAAUUUGAUUGAUAGAUCUAUCAAUGUACUGUAAAUGAAAUCCAUAGUGGACACAUAAUGAGGGUUGAUAUUGGCACAUACUGUAUGGCUUGAAACCAGUUUCAGUUUUCUCAGGGCAUAUAUUACACUGGCGUAAUUAUCUAUAGGAAAGAUAAAACAAACUGCUUUUUAUUACAUGACUCCUUAUUUAAAUGGCUGGUCCACAGUUUGUGCUACUGACCAGUCCAUAGUUCAACACGGGUUUGCUAGGCUGAUGUCGUAUUUUGAGAAAAAAUCAACUUUGAAAUUCAUUUCAAAUGUCAUAUAAUAUUGACUAUAUUGACCAGCAAGCCAUUCAAUAAGACUAUACUCUUUAUUAUAACAUUGCUUUUCUCAGAUUGACCGAAACAAAUUGUUGUAAAACUCUACAAUAUAUGAAGAUUUAUACAUGUUUGAGCUAAAAAUAUUGUUAAUAAGUACAUACUUGACAACAACGUGUUUCCUCUUUUAUUUUCAAGUACUUGAAUGCAAACAAAGCAGUAAAUAUGAGAAUUCUCAGAAUGUAUUAGUAAUCAUGGAAAAUUGUUGCUACUGAAAUUGGAGUAAAUUGUUUAAAAUUGAAUUUUAGAGUGACAAAUAAUUCUGUCUAAAACAAGAUAUAGAAUUCUAGAGCUUUGAAAUGCUUAUAUGCUUUCUUUCAGUCCAAUUUUUAGAGUGUUAAGUAAUUAUGACUUUUUUAACUCUAGCAAUAUUUAAAAAUUAAAAUGCACUUUAUCUUAAACCAUUUAAAAUGACAGUUAAUCUUCAACCAUAUUUAAUUUUGUCAAGGAUGGAGUCAUGUCAUGCCAUAUUUAAUUUUAUCAAGGGUGGAGUCAUGUAAUACAAGUAGGUAGUAUGCAUAUGACACAUAAUAUGUGUUAACUUUCCCUGAGUCAUUUGAAAAAGGAUGUUGAAGUGGGAAAUAUUAUCUUAAUGAAAAAAUUUCAAGGAAGUAUAUAUAACACAUGAAAUUAUUUCUAAACAUUUUUUUUUCAAUGAGGUAAUAAGUUGGUAUUAAAUGUGGUUACAUCAGAAGAAAAUUAUCAGUUUGUAUCAUUUUUGGUGGUUAAUAAAUGCCUAGUACCAGGAAACAAUAUAUUAUAUACUGGAAGAAACAAGAAAUGCAAGAUGCAGUAUUGUGUUAUUUACGUCAUAUGAGUUUAAUAUGACAAGUCACGUAUCCUACUGCAUCAUAUUUUUGUCUAAAAUCUUGGCCUUGUACAUUUAUACUUUUCUAAACUUGUUCUUCUUUUUUAGCGCCUCAGUUGUUUAUUUUUUUUUACACACAACAGAGAACAAGUCAUAACUUUAAAAACUCUAGUUAUGUUUUAAAUUUUACUGUUUUUGUAAGGUUUGUAUAUCUUUGACUGUUCUAGAAGUUACCAUACAUGUUCACAUUUCAAUUAAUAUGAAAGACAUAGCUAACACCUUAGAGAAAAAUAUGGUCUCCUAGCUAUCUCUUGUUAAAUAUGAUACAUAUCUGAAAUACACACAUGGUUGCAUAAUACAUUUCAAGUUCAAUCUUUCAAUAACUAUAUUCUAAUUACUAUAAAUAGUAACACAACAUUCUUUUUCUUCGUGCUUUGUUAAACACCAAAUUUUAGUCCACUUUUAAACAUGCCAUAGGGUAGUUUUAAUUUUAUAUUGCAGACAAACUUCAUACCUCAUGCAUUUCUGCCCUGUGGCUCUAUAUAUACAAAUGUAAUUUUUUACUAUUUUACAUUUUAAGUGUAUAUAAUUAUAUCAUGUAAAUUAAUCGAGGGUUGAAUGCAAUACUGUCGUAAGUCCUUCUUUAUUUAAUAAAUUGUAAAAUUAAUAAUGGCAACAUUUCUAGGCCCUUAUUGUAAGCCACUCGACUUCUGUAACGAUAAAUGUUUAAUGUAUUAAGGGGAAUAUACUCAUUUAGUUUUGAAAUGUGGCAUUCCUUGACCACCAUAUCUUUUCUUAUGCACUACUUUGUAAAGUUACUACAGUAUUGCAUUCAACCCUCGGUAUGUUGUAAAUAGUUUUGUUAAGAAUGUCUGUACCAUUGUAUAAAGGAAAUAAGAUUUUAUCGUAAAUUUUAUCUUUCAAUAUUGUGUCAUAUUUUUUGACUUACAUAAACAUAUAUGUGCAACUUGUGGUAUUCAAAACCUAGUGAUACUCUUUUUAAUGCUAAUCCUUUCAAGAGAAAAAUGGCAAGAUAAGCCACGCCAUGAGAAAACCAACAUAGUGGGUUUGCGACCAGCAUUGAUCCAGACCAGACUGCACGGAUACUGUUCGCUAACAGCUUCUCUUAUUGCUAUAGGUUUUGAAAAUGAACAGCAUGGAUCCUGACCAGACUGCGCGGAUGUGCAGGCUGGUCUGGAACAAUGCUGGUCGCAAAGCCACUAUGUUUGUUUUCUCAUGGCACAGCUCAUUUGGUUUAAAUAUGACUAACCAACACAUUAUGGUUUGUGAACUGUUUAUAAUGGUCCAAAGACAAAACAGUACUACAGUUUCAUACAUUAAUAUUAUGAUUAAAGUUGAUGGUUGAUAAUUAUGUUUCUUGUUUCCAAAAGUGCAGGACUGAUACAUUAAUAUCUCAAAUUUUGAGGUUUCUCUUGUGCUUUUAGUAAAAUGGUUUACUCUGUUAACACCGAUUUAAAUUUACAACAACAGAAAUUCUAAAUCAGUACAAACAGUGUUUGUUAAAGGUAUACCCUUUAAAAAGACUUCCUUCUAUUUCAUCUCUUAUAAAGACUUUAUUUUCCUUUGUUUUAUUUUGUAUAGUCAGAUGAUUAAAUUUUUAUAUUGUUUAUAGAUGUACAUUCCAAACCCUAUACAACAGGUUGUAAUAAACAUAUCAGUUUA